AUGCAACACAAGGCCACAGCGCCCUUUUUACAUCACAUCCUCGGAGUAUUUAAAGACCACCUUUCUCCCAGCUCUAAAAGACAGCUGAGCGCACAGCGCCGAUGUGCCGCACGGCUGUGUCCCACCACGACCUGCGGGGCGGGCCGGGCAGAGGCAGGGCUCCGUUCCCGGCUCCUCCUCCUCCCCGCGGAGCCGCCGAGGGUCGCGCAGAGCCCGGCGUGGAAGCGCCGCCGAUUUGUCACCAUGAACCUCUUGCCAUUCGAGUCCCUCUGUGUUUUCCUGCUUCCCCAAGUUUGGUUGGCAUCGGGCAUGCAGGAAAUCUAUGCUGACCAGGAGACGAUUGGCAAGAUCUCAGCUGCUGGCCAAUUGAUGUGGUGCUCAGCUUCUGUUGAUAUCCUUUUCCUCUUGGAUGGCUCCUACAGCAUUGGCAGAGGCAGCUUUGAAAGAUCGAAGCACUUUGCAGGCAAGCUCUGUGAUGCCCUGGACAUCCAUCCGGGCAGGGUCCGCGUAGGAAUGGUACAGUUUAGUUCUGCUCCCCACCUUGAGUUCUCAUUGGAUUCCUACCUAACCAAACAACAAGUGAAAGAGAGGAUCAAGAGGACAGUGUUCAGAGGUGGCAGCACAGAGACUGGUCGGGCUCUGAAAUACAUUCUCCAUAAGGGAUUCCCUGGUGGCAGGAACUUGACUGUCCCCAAGAUCCUGAUCAUCAUUUCGGAUGGGAAGUCCCAGGGCAGUACCGCAAUGCCUGCCAUGCAGGUGAAGGAGAGAGGGACAACAGUUUUUGCAGCGGGAAUCAAGUUUCCAAGGUGGGAGGAGCUGCAUGCUCUGGCCAGUGAGCCCACUGAGCAGCACGUGCUCUUUGCCGGUGAUGUCAGCGAUGCAGCCAAUGGUCUGUGCAGUGCCCUGAGCAGCUCCAUCUGCAGCGUCACCACACCAGGUUGCAAAGUUGAAUCCUUUCCUUGUGAACGCAGAACUCUGGAGACUGAGAAAGAACUGGCUGGAAGCUAUGUCUGCUGGAAAGGCUCAAAGCAGCAGAAAGCAGUGCAUGCUUCACUGUGCCCUUUUUACAGAUUGAAAAGAGUCUCAAUAAAACACCCAUCCAGGUGCUUCCGAACCACAUGCACAGAUCCUUGUGACUCCCAGCCUUGCCAGAAUGGGGGUACAUGUGUCCCAGAGGGACUGGACAAGUACCACUGCCUGUGCCCUGUGGGAUAUGGAGGAGGCAUACACUGUGCGCCAAAGCUGAGCCUUGAUUGUGGUGUGGAUCUCCUUUUCCUGAUGGACAGCUCAGCAGGGGUCACACUGGAGGGAUUCCUGCGUUACAAGGCGUUCCUCAAGAGGUUCCUUCAAGCAGCAAUGGGCUGGGACUCGCCUGCAAAUGUGGGGGUCGCUCAGUACGAUACCAACGUCAGGAUACCCAUUGAAGUGGGACAACACAAGGAUGUGUUUGGUCUCAUGAAGAGCAUUGAUGCUUUGAAUUUCAGCGGGGGAGGAACCCUGACGGGCAGAGCCCUGCGGUACAUUGCACAGCAUGGUUUUAGGAGCGCCCCAGUCUUUGCAGAUGUGCUGGAUGACCUCCCACGUGUGGUGGUCUUGCUCACUGACUCCAAGUCCCAAGACCCAGUGGCAGAAGCUGCCAAAUAUGCAAGGGACAGAGGUCUCUUGUUGAUCGGUGUAGGCAGCAGCUUUGUGAAGGCAGAGCUGGCUGAAGUGACUGGCAACCCAAAGCAGACCAUUGUCUACUCAGACCCCCAGGAUUUGUUCAACAGGAUCCCGGAGCUGCAGAGAAGAAUUUGCAGUGUGAACAAUCCUGAAGAAGCAAAAAGCCCUGUGAACCUGUGCAAACCCAACCCGUGCAUGAACCAGGGCGUGUGCAUCCUCAGGCCGGGAAGCUACUGGUGUGAAUGUCAUGGCUGGGAAGGACUCCACUGCGAGAGCAGAGUUCCCUGAGGUGAUUCUCCAAGAUCUCCAGUCCUCCCUACAGACUCCCAUGUGCAGCAGAUUCCAGGCAGUUUUUAGUGCUUCUCUGGAGACCACCGGCACCUGAAAAGGUCCUGAGAUGCUGACCCAGAAGUGCUAUGAGCUCCAGUUCUGACCCAGCAAGACAUUGCUGCCCUUGGUUGAGUGACUGGGCCAUUCCCAGUUCCUGCACUGCACAAACUGGGCUUUCUGGUGCUCUUUUUCUUUUGGAAUCAAGUAAAUAUUUGAUAUUAAGUAUUUA